AUGGCAGAAUCGCUGCUUCUUCCUCUGGUGCGCAGCGUGGCCGGCAAGGCUGCAAACACACUUGUCGAGGCGGUGACCCGCAUGUGUGGCCUCGACAAUGACCGCCGAGGGCUGGAGCGCCAGCUGCUAGCCGUCGAGUACAAGCUGGCAAGGGCCGAGGAGAGGAGCAAGACAAACACCUAUAUCAAGAGCUGGAGGAAGGAGCUCAAGUCCGUCGCAUAUGAGGCCGGCGACGUGCUGGACGACUUCCAGUACGAGGCGCUGCGCCGCCAGUCUAAGAUUGGAAAGUCCACUACAUGCAAGGUACUCAGCUACAUCACGCACCACAACCCACUGCUCUUCCAUUUUGAAAUGAGCAAGAAACUAAAGACUGUCCUCAAGAAGAUCAAUAAGUUGGUCGAGGAGAUGAAAAAGUUUGGUCUGGAGGAUCCUAUCCACAGGGAGGAGCGGCAACAUCUAUGGCGGCAAACGCACUCAAAAUUAGAUGAGUCUACCGAAAUCUCUGGAAGAGAGAAUGAUAAGAAGAUGGUGGUGAAGUUGCUACUGGACCAGCAAGAUCAACAGAAGGUGCACGUGCUGCCCAUCUUUGGAAUGAGAGGUCUUGGCAAGACGACUCUUGCUAAGAUGUUGAAGAUGUGGCACUGUGUGUCUGAGAACUUUGAUGCCAUUGCUAUUUUGAAAUCCAUCAUUGAGUUGGCUGUAAAUAAAAGAUGUGAUAUGCCUGACACAAUCAAGCUGUUGCGAAAGCAACUUGAGGAAGUCAUUGGCCGGAAGAGAUUUUUACUUGUUCUCGAUGAUGUAUGGAAUGAGAACAAGAGGAUGUGGGAGGAUGAAAUGAAGCCACUAUUGUGUUCUAUUAGUGGACCAGGAAGUGUUAUAGUGGUCACAUGUCGAAGCAAGCAAGUGGCCUCUAUAAUGUGCACCGCUAAGCCCCAUGAGCUAGCAUUUUUGCAUGAAAAAGAUUCGUGGGAAUUGUUUUCGAAAAAAGCAUUUAGCAAUGGUGUACAAGAGCAAGUAGAGUUUGUCACCAUAGGAAGGCGUAUUGUCAAUAAAUGUGGGGGGUUGCCUCUUGCUCUCAAAACAAUGGGUGGGUUGCUGAGUUCAAAGCAACAAGUACAUAAAUGGAAGGCGAUCGAAGAAUGUAGCAUUGCGGAUAUCGAUAGAGGCAAAUAUGAAGUCAUGCCCAUACUAAAGUUGAGCUACAAACACCUGUCAUCUGAAAUGAAGCAAUGUUUUGCAUUUUGUGCAGUUUUUCCCAAGGAUCACGAGAUGGAGAAGGAAAUGUUGAUCCAAUUAUGGAUGGUAAAUGGCUUUAUUCAAACAGCAACACUAGAUUUGAAACAGAAAGGCGAAUUAAUUUUGGAUGAGUUGGUUUGGAGAUCCUUCCUCCAAGAUAAGCAAAAGAGCACAAAUUUUCAUAUAAAAGGUUUUUCCUAUGUUUGUCACAUGCACAUAUCAAAGGCUGAAUUGAAACAAAUCAAUUGGUUAUGCAAAGGCAGAACAUACCUCCGCACUUUGUUAGCUCCAUCAAACUCACACAAGGAUUUUAAAGAACUUCUCAGAACUAUGGCUCCAAACUUUGGUGUACUGAACAACCUUCAAAUAUUAACAACAUUUGUGGUGGAUACUGGAGAAGGCCUUGGAAUAGAGCAGCUAAAAGACUUGCAACACCUUAGCAAUAGGUUGGAACUAUUGAAUUUGAACAAGAUAAAGAGUGGGGAGAAUGCAAAAGUAGCCAAUCUCACUCAGAAGCAAAAUGUAAGUGAGUUGUUGUUCUUGUGGGACCAAGAAAUAGAUGAUGGGCCUAAAGAUAUGGCAUGUAAUGUGGAAGAAGUUCUUCAGUGUUUAGAACCUCAUAGUAAUAUCCAGAAGUUGGAGAUAAGUGGAUAUGGUGGCCUAGAAAUAUCACAAUGGAUGAGAAAGCCACAGAUGUUUGACUGCUUGAGAGAACUCAAAAUUUCCAACUACCCAAGAUGCAAGAGUAUACCCGUAGUAUGGCUUUCAGAAUCUCUAGAGGUUUUGUUCUUACAAAAGUUGGAUAACCUGACAACAUUAUGCACUAACCUUAGUGUGGAAGCUGGAGGGCGCAUUACAACCCCGCAAAUUUUCCCAAGGUUGAAGAAGUUGUUGUUGCUUGAGUUACCAAAACUGGAGAUGUGGGCAGAAAAUUGUGUGGGAGAGCCUGCUGAUAACUUGGUAAUGUUCCCUAUGCUUCAAGAGCUAACGAUCAGAAAUUGCCCCACACUUGCAAGUAUUCCAGUGAUCCCUGUUGUCAGCGAGUUACAAAUAGUUGGGGUUCAUAAUACUUCAUCGUCCGAGGAGGAAACCCUUCCACUGUGCCUGGAGGAGUUGACGAUUUUAGGCUGUCACGGUGUGGUAGCGCUGCCUUCGAACAUUGCAAAACUUGCCAAGCUGAGAAGUCUCUCUGUGUUCCACUGCACACGCCUGAAAGCGCUGCCUGAUGGGAUGUGUGGGCUCACUUCUCUUAGGCAAUUGAAGGUUUGGGAUUGUCCAGGUAUGGAGGAAUUCCCACAUGGUCUUCUGGAGCGGUUACCCAGCCUUGAAGACUUAACCAGAUAUGACUGCCCGGAGUUGCUAAGACGAUGCAGAGAAGGCAGGGAGUAUUUUCAAUUGGUCUCCUCUGUCCCACCAUAA